AUGGCAGUGCCGGCGGCUUUGAUCCCUCCGACCCAGCUGGUCCCCCCUCAACCCCCGAUCUCCACGUCUGCUUCUUCCUCGGGCACCACCACCUCCACCUCCUCUGCGACCUCGUCUCCGGCUCCGUCCAUCGGGCCCCAGGCGCCUUCUGGGCCAACUCUGUUCCGGCCGGAGCCCAUCGCGGCGGCGGCGGCGGCCACAGUCACCUCUCCGGGCGGCGGCGGCGGCGGCGGCGGCCACGGCGAGUAUCUGCAGCAGCAGCAGCAGAGCAGCAGUAGCAGUAGCAGCAGCAGUAGCAGCAGCAGCAGCAGUAGCAGCAGCAGUAGCAGCAGCAGCAGCAGUAGCAGCAGCAGCAGCAGCAGCAGCUGCGGCCCCCUCCCCGGAAAGCCCGUGUACUCAACCCCGUCCCCAGUGGAAAACACCCCCCAGAAUAAUGAGUGCAAAAUGGUGGAUCUGAGGGGGGCCAAAGUGGCUUCCUUCACGGUGGAAGGCUGCGAGCUGAUCUGCCUGCCCCAGGCUUUCGACCUGUUCCUGAAGCACUUGGUGGGGGGCUUGCACACGGUCUACACCAAGCUGAAGCGGUUGGAGAUCACGCCGGUGGUGUGCAAUGUGGAACAGGUUCGCAUCCUGAGGGGACUGGGCGCCAUCCAGCCCGGAGUCAACCGCUGCAAACUCAUCUCCAGGAAGGACUUCGAGACCCUCUACAAUGACUGCACCAACGCCAGUUCUAGACCUGGAAGGCCUCCUAAGAGGACUCAAAGUGUCACCUCCCCUGAGAACUCUCACAUCAUGCCACAUUCUGUCCCUGGCCUCAUGUCUCCUGGGAUAAUUCCACCAACAGGUCUGACAGCAGCAGCUGCAGCAGCUGCCGCUGCUACCAACGCAGCCAUCGCGGAAGCAAUGAAGGUGAAAAAAAUCAAAUUAGAAGCUAUGAGCAACUAUCAUGCCAGUAAUAACCAACAUGGAGCCGAUUCUGAAAACGGAGACAUGAAUUCAAGUGUUGGACUCGAACUUCCUUUUAUGAUGAUGCCCCACCCUCUAAUCCCUGUCAGCCUACCUCCAGCCUCAGUCACCAUGGCAAUGAGCCAGAUGAACCACCUCAGCACCAUUGCUAACAUGGCUGCAGCAGCACAAGUGCAGAGUCCUCCAUCCAGAGUUGAAACAUCUGUAAUUAAGGAGCGUGUUCCUGACAGCCCCUCUCCUGCACCAUCUCUGGAGGAGGGUCGAAGGCCUGGCAGUCACCCCUCAUCACAUCGCAGCAGCAGUGUGUCCAGCUCCCCGGCUAGGACCGAGAGUUCUUCUGACAGAAUCCCUGUACACCAGAAUGGAUUGUCCAUGAACCAGAUGCUCAUGGGUUUAUCACCAAAUGUCCUCCCAGGGCCAAAGGAAGGAGAUUUGGCUGGUCAUGACAUGGGACAUGAUUCAAAACGGAUGCAUAUUGAGAAAGAUGAGACCCCGCUUUCUACACCAACUGCAAGAGACAGCCUUGACAAACUUUCUCUAACUGGGCACGGACAACCGCUACCUCCAGGUUUUCCAUCUCCUUUCCUGUUUCCUGAUGGAUUGUCUUCCAUAGAGACCCUUCUGACUAAUAUCCAGGGGCUAUUGAAAGUGGCCAUAGAUAAUGCCAGAGCUCAGGAAAAACAGGUUCAACUGGAAAAAACGGAGCUGAAGAUGGAUUUUUUAAGGGAACGAGAACUAAGAGAAACACUUGAGAAGCAGCUGGCUAUGGAGCAAAAGAAUAGAGCUAUUGUUCAAAAAAGACUAAAGAAGGAAAAGAAGGCAAAGAGAAAAUUGCAGGAAGCACUUGAAUUUGAGACAAAACGGCGUGAGCAAGCGGAACAGACACUAAAACAGGCAGCGUCCACGGACAGUCUCAGGGUCCUUAAUGACUCUCUGACCCCAGAGAUAGAAGCUGACCGCAGCGGCGGUAGAACAGAUGCAGAAAGGACAAUACAAGAUGGGAGACUGUAUUUGAAGACUACUGUCAUGUACUGAAUCUAUCUGGUUGAAGAAAUCAAGUUCAUAUAAAGAACUUUGCUGUCAGACAUUUGUCAUUGGCAAGUUUGGAAAAACUAAGGUCCUUUUAAGGAAACUUCUUCCAUUUUGUGUAGUAAUGUUCUUUAACAUUUAAGUACUCUACAAAAA